AUGCUCAACACAACAGUAACUCUAACCCACGUUACCCCGGUACCGGAGGGCAUGUCAAAGGAGGACGCGAUCGCUCUCAUCCACGACGCGGAGCACCACAUCAAGUGCGAUCCCAACAUGAAGGAUUACACCAAGCGCACUCCCGAGAUCCCGCCAACGGUGCCCCAGGACAUUGAGCCCAUUGCUGCGACGGAGUGCUACUCAGUCACCGACAGCGUGCCAACGCUGCUUCCCAAGGGUAUCUGGGACAGGGAUGCGGUCAGCGACUACGAAUUCACGUUCACCAAGGACGGCAGCUUCGUGCGCACCAGCUGCCCACUCAGCGUUGUUUUGGAGACGCGCUGGACCGUCAGAGAUGCUGAAGGCGGGGGAAGUGAGUUAGUUGAGGUUGUGGACAUCAAGUGUUCCAGAUUUUUGUCCAGCGUGGUGAAGGGGCAGUGCGACGUGAACUGGAAAGACUUUCACAAGAAGAUCCUGGAGGGCAAGAAGUGA